AUGUCGGUCUUUGAUCUCAUUGACCAUUGCUCCUCGUUGUUUGAGGACCUGAAGGAGCAUGCUUACACCACGCUGGGGCUCAAGAGCUACGUCAGAGCGUACUUGAUCUUCAACUACUUCAUCAACUCCUUCAUCAUGGUGCAUUUCGAAGGGUUCGACCGCUUUCUCAAGCUGAACCAACAGGACUUCAUAAUAUACUUGAACCUUUACAAUUUUUUUAGAAGGGAGGAUAUUAUCGGCCGCAACGUCUUUGAUAUUGACUUGGACACUUUACAGCUUCACAUGGACGAAUACUUGACAUCUCACAACCUCCUAUCUUUUGACAUUCAAGAGCUUUUCGGCUGGUUGAACGAGUACAUUGAAUUCUUGAAGCAUAAAGAUGACGACUCAGAGGAGGAAGAGGAGGACGAUCUUGGCCAGGGCUUCACUCAACCUGCGGUUUCGAAGCCUUAUUAUCAAACGGAACCCACAAACCUGCUCAACUUAUCAGAGAUCAUCAAGCAGGGCGAUCCUGCUGAGACAGAAACGGAUCCAGAUAUGUUUGACUUUGCAAAUCGGUUCCCUGAGGUGGCCGAAACUCCAUACCCUGUGCGCCAAUCCAGGCUGUCUUUGACCGAGCCUACCCUCGACAAGCAUUACACCCUGCCACAGAACAAUUCAUCCAGACAUGGUACCGGUCAUCGUCAGGAUACGAUUCCACCUGUACCGCACAUCCCUCCAGUACCGCAGGUUGCACCGACUCCACACCCGCAUCAUCCACAAGCCAUGAGAUCGCAGGAAAAAUUGUCAUCUGCGCCUUCAGUACAGUCGUUACCAGUUAAUGGCGAAGCCAUGGCAUAUGGGAACAAUGGCAAUUCAUUCUACCAUCAAACAAGAUCGCAUAUCCAGCUCCCGAACCAUCAACAACCCUCAUACCCCCAAAACUUCCAGUACCAAAACUCAUACCCUAACAACCAUAUGCAUAUGCUGCCUCAGGUUCCACACGCACAUCAAUUUGUGAGUCCUCCAGUCCCUCACUCAAAUGGCACUUACUCUGCUCCUUACACUGGCCCAAUGAUGAACCCUCAGAAGGCGCAUACUACUAGCAAUCUACAAGCCAUGGAUGUGCAGAGAGCCAGAUACCAAGAAAGGCUACAGAAAACUGAAUGGCUACGAUCGCAUUCAAUCUGUGGCCUCAAGAAUUUGGGUUCCUCCUGCUACAUCAAUCUGACGAUCCAAGUCAUGUUUGGCGUUAGCCGCUUUGUCUCACUUUUCUCAAAGAGGUCCAAUAACAAUUCCUUAGCGAAGGCAAUGAGUCUAACGAAAAAUAAGACAAUCUUGACUGAGGCAAUUGUGGGUCUUUUAAGUACAUUCCAAGCAAGCGGUGGCAGCGUUAUUGCGCCCACGAAAUUCAUGAGAGUUGUGUCCCUGCUCAAGCCAAGUUUCAACAUUCCUUUCGAACAGCAAGAUGCUCAAGAAUUUCUCCUUUUCAUUAUAGACAAAGUUCAUGAGGAGUUGGCGAGACAACCCAAUGAGGAUAUGUUGGAGACAGACUACGUGCGUAAAUGGGGCGUUGAUGUGACUCCCAUGGAGAAAGAAGAAUAUCACAAGUGGUAUCGUGCACUUAUGAAGGCUGAGGGUGUUUCGCCGGUCAACGACCUAUGUCAGGGACAUGUACGAAGCCAGUUGGUCUGCAAUAAGUGCGGCUGCACCUCAAACAGUUAUUCGUCAUUUUCGAUGCUUUCGCUUCCGAUUCCAACGACCCAUCUGCCUGUGGUUGACUUGAUUGAUUGUCUACGUUACUACACCCAGGAUGAAACGCUCAGUGGUGAAAAUGCGUGGAAGUGUCCGAGAUGUAAUAAGUCGGAGGGUGACGGCAAUCCAAUGGAUGUCGUAUUCCAACAGAAGAGGUCGCUCAAACCGUGGAAGAAUAAAAGCUCCAAGAAGCCAAAGGAAAAUGGUUCGCCAAUGGGCCCCAUCAGUAUCAAGAAGUUGAGCAUUAUCAAGUUGCCCCCUGUGUUAUUCAUCCAUUUGUCAAGAUUCUCCAUGUUCAGCAUGACAGAUAAACUUAAUGCUACAAUCACAUAUCCGUUGCGACUCAAAUUCAAUCACCAAACUGAAGAUGUGCAUUACAGCUUGGUUGGUCUCAUCAAUCAUUUUGGUAACCUCAAGAGCGGCCACUACACAUCACUUGUCAACAAGUCCAGAGACAAGACUGACAGGUUAUUGCACCCAGAGUGGUGUUACUUUGACGACGAAAAUUUCAGACUCCAUGUCCCUCAUGGUGAUGCUUCAUUCUCGUGA